UGCUUGUUUGAAUUUUCCUGUGUUGUAUAUCAGUGCUUUUGUUGAUCCCUUAGUUUUACGGGACAAAGAUGGCAACAACAGCUCUUCUUGGAAUAGCCAGUGCAAUCACACAGACACUCGGUACUUUAGCUCUCCCCUAUAUCCAAACUGCCAUCGACCUCCGGAACGAGUCACAAAAGCUGAUGAACACGUUAUCUGUGAUCCGGGCUGUACUGAUGGACUUGGAAGAGCUGAAGGAUCUAAGCCAUGCUGAUCAAGACUGGCUCGAAAAGCUGCACGACGUUCUCCUUGAUGCCGAUGACUUGGUGGAUGAUUUCGCCACAAAAACGCUGAAAAACCGACUUGUGGCUCAAAGGAAUGUGAUUGCAAAGGUAAAUAAUUUCUUCUCAACUCUCGGUUUUUAUGCUGUCAUGGCCAAAAGGAUCAGGGACAUAAGGGGAAGGCUGGAUGAUAUGGCUGGUGAUAGAGCCAAAUUUGGCCUUUCCAGACAGAUCAUAGUUUCUCAGGCAGGGAAUACUGAGGAAGUGCAUUUCAAUGUCUAUGAGCCUUGUGUUGUUGGCAGGGAAGAUGACAAGAAACAGCUGAUUGGUUUACUUAAGAACACUAGGAAUGAAGAGAAUGUUUCUGUGAUUCCCAUAAUAGGAAUAGGUGGCGUGGGCAAGACGACACUUGCUCACAUAGUUUAUAACAAUGAGGAGGUUAAGAGAAUGUUCGAACCAAGAAUGUGGGUGUCUGUAUCAGAGGUUUUUGAUGUUAAAGCAAUAGUGCAAAAGAUGUUAGAAUCUGCCACUCAGAAGAGAUUUGAGAACUUUGACAUGAAUCAACUGCUAACUCUUCUUGAAAAGGAAAUUAGCCGGAAGAGAUUUUUACUGGUCCUGGACAAUGUAUGGAAUAAGAACCGGGACGAUUGGCUAAACCUCAAAGGGUUGCUGCUAAGUGGUGCAAGGGGCAGCCAGGUUAUAGUAACGACUAGAAUGGAAGUGGUUGCAACAAUCUGUGGGACGGCUUCCCCCUACGUUCUGGAGGGCCUGUCUGAAGAAAUGUCGUGGUCUUUGUUCAAGCAAGUGGCUUUCAAGUCAAGAGCUGAUAUGGAGAACCCUCGAAUGGUGAGUAUCGGGAAAGAGAUGGUCUGGAAGUGUCUAGGCAACCCGCUCGCCAUUAGAGUUCUUGGAAGCAUCCUAUUUCGGAAAAGUGAGCAAGAAUGGCGUCACCUUAAAGACGUUGAGCUUUCUGAUAUAGGCCAGAGUGGGAACAAAAUCUUGCAAAUACUCAAGGUCAGUUAUGACCACUUGCCAUCUCACUUGAAGCGCUGCUUUAUGUAUUGUUCAUUGUUUCCAAAAGGUUAUUCCAUGGACAAGAACACCCUGGUAAAUCUUUGGAUUGCACAAGGGCUCGUUCCUUCAUUUUACAAGAAUCAGUCCCUUGAAGAUGCUGGGAAUGAGUGCUUUAUGGAGUUAUUGACCAUGUCUUUCUUCCAGGAUGUUAAAAUCAAUGGACUCGGUAAUAUACAAAGUUGUAAAAUGCACGAUUUUCUCAACGAUCUUGCAAGGUCUGUGGUGGGGACUGUGAAUGUGGUGACUGAUCUGGAUGGUAGAGAUAUUGUUGAAAGAACUCGACACGUUUCUCUGUGCUUGAGCACAAACUCAUUAUGGAAAAUCCCCGAGGCCUUGCUCAAAGCUGACCGGAUAAGGACACUUCUUUUACCGGUGCAGUCCAUGUCUUAUGACAGAUUGAUAACUAAGUCGACGUGUGCCUCAAUAUUGGCAUGUUUCCUUUGCCUGCGAGCAUUGGAUCUCCAUGACUCAGGAAUUGAAGUCGUUCCAGAUUCAAUUAAGAAGCUGCAGCAUUUAAGGUAUCUCGAUCUUACUAAAAACAAGUUGAGAAGACUUCCCAAAUCUAUCACUGGACUUCUGAAUCUACAAACACUAAGGCUUUCUUACUGUGGUGAUCUCGAAAGACUGCCAAGAGGGAUCAAAGUCAUGGCCAGCCUAAGACAUUUGGAGCUUGAUGAGUGUGCAAAUUUGGCUUAUAUGCCCUGUGGGCUCAGCAAGUUAACUUCUCUUCAUACGUUAACAAUGUUUAUAGUGGGAAAAGGUGAUGAUAGUGCUGCUCAUGCAGGGCUGCAUGAGUUGAACAGCCUAAAUCAUAUACGAGGCGAGUUAAGGAUCACUAAUUUAGGUUGUGGGAAAGGAGCAGCACGCGCUGAAGAUAAAAUACUGAAAGGAAAAGAGUUCCUCCAGUCAUUGAAAUUGGAGUGGAAUCAAGAAGCAAAUGAUGGUAGAGAUGAUGAGGUGUUGUUGGACAGCCUGCAACCGCACUCUAACCUGAAGAAUCUCUUCAUCACAAGAUAUCAGGGGGCUAAAUUUCCUCUGUGGAUGAUGGCUCAGUUACCUCUUUCUCUGACAGAUCUUGUCGAACUUACAAUCAGAGACUGCCCUAAUUGCCAACAACUUCCACCAUUCGAUCAACUACAAGGUCUUAAGAUUCUUAGACUUUCUAACCUGUCAUCAGUAGAGCACAUUGACGAUAAUGAAAGUGAAGAAUCGACAAUGUUUUUCCCUUCCUUACAAGAACUGCACUUGAAUAACUUGCCUAACCUGAAGGACUGGUGGGCUAGAAAUGUAUCUGGAGCAGCAGCAAGGGGAUCAACGUUAUCAAUGGUCAAGCCAUCUUUUCCUUGCCUGUCUAAAACGACCAUUGAGUUCUGCACAAACUUAGCAUCGCUUCCUCUGCAGAUGCAUGUUGAAGAACUAUCAUUUCAUAGGGCCAGCGAGAAGCUCCUCAGGCAACAAUUAACAGCCACGGCAGAGUCGUUAAGCGCAGCUUCAUCUUCUUCACUUUCACACUCAAAGUUGAAGUCCCUUUACAUUCUUGGUGUUAAAGAUAUGGAUUAUCUACCAGAAGAAGGGCUGCAGCAACUAGCCUCUCUCGAAUAUCUAGAUAUCAGUUGGUGCAGUCGGCUUUUAUGCUUGCCAGAUGAAGGGUUAAGAGGCUUAAAAUCUCUCCAGUUUCUCAGGAUUCGUCGUUGCUCAAUGCUGAACUCUUUAUCAAGUGGAAUUCAACACCUCACAGCCCUUCAAACACUGAGGAUAAGUGAUUGUAAAGAACUGGUUUUCUCUGAGAACAGCAUGCAUUUUCAAGGCCUUAGCAGCCUGACUUCCCUGUCUCUAGACUAUCUACCAAAGCUGGAGGAACUCCCAGUCGGCCUCAAACACGUUACAACAUUGCAGUCUCUGAAUAUCGAGACGUGUUUCAACUUGAGGGAAUUGCCGGAGUGGAUAGGCAAUCUCACAUCGUUGGAGGAUUUCCAGAUAUCUGACUGCCCCAACAUAACCUGCCUACCAGAAGGGAUGCAUACUCUUGCAAACUUGAAAGAGUUGGUUAUUGUUGAAUGUGAAUAUUUGCUCAACAGAUGCCAGAGGGACUCGGGCGAGGAUUGGAUCAAGAUCGCUCAUGUUCCAAAGCUCGUUUUGCAACGAAGAACUUCGCGUUGACAGAGAUGUAAGGUCUCCAGUUUUUCAUGAACUUUACUACUAAGGGGAUGUUUGCAAUAGCUUUCGCUUA